CAGCUCGGGCGGCGGUUUGUUUUGGAUGAGAUGCUCACUGCUGCAUGUUCUACGUUUAUCAAUUAAAGGUGAAUUAACAUGAUUCACGAGCUGUUGCUGGCGUUGAGUGGGUACCCGGGGACCAUUUUCACAUGGAACAAACGAACGGGUUUGCAGGUGUCCCAGGACCUGCCCUUCCUUCACCCCAGUGAGACCAGUGUCCUCAACCGGCUCUCUAAACUGGGCACAGAUUACAUACGCUUCACAGAGUUCAUAGAACUACACACCGGCCAUGUGCAUCAACAGGAACAUCACACGAACCAGCCCAACCAGACGGGACUUCAUGGCAUUUACUUGCGGGCUUUCUGCACGGGGCUGGACUCCAUCCUGCAGCCGUACAGACAGGCCCUGCUGGACCUCGAGCAGGAGUUCCUUGGAGAUCCACAUCUGACAAUAUCUCAUGUGAAUUACAAGCUCGAUCAGUUCCAGUUGCUGUUUCCCUCUGUGAUGGUGGUGGUGGAGACUAUAAAAUCACAGAAGAUCCACGGCUGUCAGAUCCUGGAGACGGUGUACAAGCACAGCUGUGGGGGGCUCCCUCCUGUACGCAUGGCCCUAGAAAAGAUUCUUGCCGUGUGCCACGGGGUGAUGUACAAGCAGCUGGCAGCGUGGAUGCUGCACGGUUUGCUGCUGGACCAGAGCGAGGAGUUCUUCGUGAAGCAGGGGCCCAGUGCAGGGGGGGCUGCUGCCAACCAGGAGGAGGAGGAGGAGGACCUGGGGCUGGGGGGCUUGAGUGGGAAACAGCUGCGGGAACUACAGGACCUGAGGCUGAUCGAGGAGGAGAACAUGCUGGCUCCGUCCCUGCAGCAGUUCUCCCUGCGGACAGAGAUGCUGCCGUCCUACAUCCCCAUCAGAGUGGCUGAGAAGAUCCUCUUCGUUGGAGAGUCCGUCCAGAUGUUUGAAAACCACAACCACAGCCACAGCCCCUCGAGAGCCGGCUCCAUACUGAAGCACCAGGAGGACUUGUUUGCUGCCGGGCUGCACAGACUCAAACAGCAGCCUCUGUUCAGCCUGGUGGAUUUUGAAAAUCUGAUCGAUCACAUCAGGAGCACAGUAGCAGAGCACCUCUGGACCCUGAUGGUGGAGGAGUCGGACCUGCUCGAACAGCUCAAGAUUAUAAAGGACUUCUACCUGCUGGGUCGUGGCGAGCUCUACCAGGUGUUCAUCGACCUGGCGCAGCACAUGCUGAAGACCCCCCCCACAGCCGUCACUGAGCACGAUGUAAACGUGGCGUUCCAGCAGGCGGCUCACAAGGUGCUGCUGGACGACGACAACCUGCUGCCGCUGCUGCACCUCACCGUGGACUACCAGGGCAAGGACAGCAAAGAGGCGACAGGCCCCAGAGAUAGCGCCACUCCUCCUCAAGACACGCCCCCCCGGGAGGUCCCCACCACAGGGUGGGCGGCUCUCGGCCUCAUCUACAAGGUCCAGUGGCCGCUGCACAUCCUCUUCACCCCCGCUAUCUUGGAGAAGUACAACGUUGUGUUCAGGUACCUGCUGAGUGUGCGCAGGGUGCAGUCUCAGCUGCAGCACUGCUGGGCCCUCCAGAUGCAGAGGAAGCACCUGAAGUCCAACCAGACCACCGCCGUGAAGUGGAGACUGCGCAACCACAUGGCCUUCCUCAUCGACAACCUGCAGUACUACCUGCAGGUGGACGUGCUGGAGUCUCAGUUCUCUCAGCUGCUGCAGCUCAUCAACUCCACCCGAGACUUUGAGAGCAUCCGAUUGGCCCAUGACCACUUCCUCAGCAACCUGCUCGCCCAGUCCUUCAUCCUGCUGAAGCCGGUGUUCCACUGUCUGAACGAGAUCCUGGAGCUGUGCCAGAGCUUCUGCUCGCUGGUCAGUCAGAGCGUGGCGUCUCUGGACGAGAGAGGGAGCGCUCAGCUGGACAUCCUGGUCAAGGGCUUCAGACGGCAAUCCUCCUUGCUGUUUAAAAUCCUCUCCAGCGUGAGGAACCAUCAGAUAAACUCAGAUCUGGCUCAGCUGUUGCUGCGACUGGACUACAACAAAUACUACACCCAGGCUGGGGGCACUCUGGGCAGUGUUUAAGAAUCGCCCAUCAGUCCUGCCUAUUGGACUUGCCCUGAACAGAAUACUGUUAGUAUGGAAUGCCUGUUUAAAGUAUUUUAAGGGUUAGCUCACCCAAAAUAUAAAAUCAUAUAUUCCUUACUGACCUGUGAAAAUAUUUAGCCAUGCAGACAGAUGUUUUGUUUUCAGAUGCACAAUGACCUCACUGUGAACAGAUUUCCGAGGGACUAUUUCUUUGGUGGAAAGUAGUUCCAGUGACAACUGGUGAGUUUUGUGGAUUAAACACAAUAAUCUAAUAGGCCUAGUGUGAUUGAGUUUAACACUUGAUUGUAUUCAACAAUCCAAUCCUGGAUUAAGAACUGUUUAUAUAUCAACUAAAUAAAUAUUUUUACUCAAGUAAAACUACUUAGUUGCUAUUGUUACAUCACCUGCUUUAUAUUUAGCAUACAAAUAUAAAUACCAAAAUGUUGAAGGAUUCAUUUAGAAUACUUUCCUGUGAUACAUUGUCAUGAAAACUGACUGUAGUUCAAACUUAUAUAAACCUGCUUUAAAACCAAAUUACUUGAAAAUAACCCUGGCAUAUCUUAAACAUAAUUUUGUAAAGACAAGCUCCUCAAAUCAAUCAGUGAAUCAAAUGUUCCCUGAUUUGAGCAACACCUCCAUGAAUUGUGGGAAUGUGUUUGUG